GUCAAAUAAACUAUAUCCAUUUUUCUUUCUUCCCUUCUUUUUCUGUAUCUUCUNCUUUUUUUUUUUCCACAUCACUAUCUUUGGGCAUCACAUUUCACACAAAUAUAACUAUAAAAAAGUGUUUUGAAAACAACCUCCAACUCCAAGUCUCCAACUCCUCCUCCCUUCACACUUUCCCCCUUGAGCCUUUUCUCUCUGUUUUCUUUCAUUCUUUCUUCACACCCCAUUAUUGCAACAAAUCAUUUAAUCAGCUAUUUCCAUUGUUUCAACUUAAUGUUAUUGUCUCUUGAAGUGUGAGGACUGUCUGUCUAUGAAAGCAUGUAAAAAUGCAAAAUUGAUAUACAGACACAAACGGAGGAGCAAAAGGUAAAAACGUAAGAGAAAAUGAUGCAGCAAAAAAGAAGCCCUGUUUCUGCUGAUCAAAGCAGCUUUAUGGACUUGAUGCCGAAAAGACUAAAGACUGAUGCACCUCUAACAUCCAAGGAGAAGAAAGAGAAGAUUAGUGAACGGAUUUCUGCCCUUCAACAGCUGGUCUCACCUUAUGGAAAGACAGAUACAGCUUCAGUCCUUCUGGAGGCCAUGGACUACAUAAGUUUCCUUCACGAGCAAGUUAAGGUAUUGAGUGCUCCAUACUUAUGCAGUACACCAACACCUACUGAGGAGGGGAAAGAACCGUGCAGCCUGAAAGCCAAAGGUCUGUGUCUCGUCCCAAUUUCACUAACUGUUGGGGUCGUGAGCAGCAAUGGUGCAGAUAUAUGGGCUCCCAUUAAAACAACUCCUCCAAAUAACUCGACAAAGUUGUGGGACGAGGCCUCUGUUGUAACACAGAGUUGACUGGGAUGAGGCCUCUGUGGUAACACAUAAUAGCUGACUUGUAGUUUUAUUUUUAAGAAGAAAUAGGGCGGGAUGUGUUAUGAGAACUCUUGCCUUGUUUCGAAAAUAAUUGUUUUUUGGCUCAUGAAGUUUAUUUCUCGUUGAGCCAAAAUGAUUGGUGCUUUUAGGUGGGUUUUUAAUGGCACGAGAUGAAUAGCGUUGCGUUAGAGGCUAAGGAAUUUGUAAAUCGAACUAAUUGAAAGACUUUUUUAUACUUUUAGCCAUGGUGCGUUACGAGAAUAGUAGAUGAAAUAAGUCUAUGGAGUGAUCUUUUUUAAUUCUGGUUAACGAUGCUUUGAAGGGUCUCUGUCGUUCUUGUGUGUGUAUGUGUGUGUUUUCAUUAAAACUAAAUCAGACAUUUAUAUAGUUGCCGUUGCUGGACAAUUACUGCCUUGCACAAUUGUUUAAGGUGUGAUUGGAUAUGGAUUUGAU